AGGAACGCGAUUUUUCUAGCAUGUUCAUACCGGCGUUGUAUUGCACUACCAGCGAGUCAGACGCGGCACUAUUGCCAACAAGUAUCUCUAACGGAGGUCCAUGUCAUGGGCUCCUACCCAACACGUUGCAGCUCCCUGAGCGACGAAAGUGAGUUCAGCAGUGAUACAGCUUCAGAACCUGAACAAAGUGAAGGGUGUUACGCGGCAGAUGAUGAAGCGUGUUCGAGUAGUACAUCGAGCCAAGCAUCUCUGUCAGCUGUCUGUUCCGGUCUCAGCGGUGCAGUCAAACUGCAGUCCCAACAGGAGUUGGAAGCUAGUGUUUCCGAUGUGCCUGACAGCACAGCAUGCAGCUUGGACGCCUGGCGUGUUAGCAUUGAUGACCUGCCGGACGAGAUACUGAUAAAAAUCUUUUCUCACAUGUCUUUCAGUGAGCUGGUGGACGUGAUACAGAAAGUGUGCACCCGGUGGAAGAGGCUCUCACAAGAUGCAUAUUUGUGGUCUGACAAGACGUAUUUGAUAACAAUGGGGUGCACUGUCAUUUCUGACUGUUGGAAGGCCGACAAGACUGAUCAGCAGGCAGUCCAGACUAUCUGCGAUUUCCCGAACCUCCGUAGUGUUUGCAUGUGGCGUGGUGCCAAAUCCCGUGUCUUCCGUGCACUCUACAACAGCUGCCACAGACUCUCUGAGCUGUACCUCCAUCCCACACAGAAGCUCAGCUAUGAGGUGCUGAAGAACUUAGUGGAGAAGUGCCCCAAAAUACACACACUGAGGAUAUCCAGAGAACUUCUGAAGUUGCAGAAGUUUGCAGAAGCAGUGUCGCAGUUUCAGCACCUCCGUGUGCUGGAACUGCAAGACCACUUUAUGGGGAACCGUCUUCAGCUGCGACCGUUGGGUGAUGGAUGCCCACAGUUAACUGUGGUGCACUUUGGAUUCAUGACUGUUGAUUUGGAUGAUCUGAGAUAUUUUCUGAAUGCCAAAAGCAACAGCCUUAAAUCCAUAUGCAUAAACUGGACAAUGGAAAGAAGGUGCGUCCUUCCAUUACUGUCAGUCUGUGCUGACAGCUUGGAACGUUUGGAACUUUCAGAGUACAACAUACACGAGGAAGAAUCAGUGGAAGCAUUCACUGCCCUGGGAACCUUGAAGAACUUGCAGGAGCUCAAGAUGUUAAUCUUCUAUCGAGCACCACCUGGCGCAGCUCCUCUGGCAUUCGAGACUGGAGGGCUGCCAAAACUGAGAGUGCUGGAUCUGCGAAAUGGGUUCGGGCUGGACGAUGAGACAGUGAUUGCCGUUUGCCGUGGGUGCCCCGCUUUGCGGGAUCUUAAUGUCGGAAACGCCGAGCUGCUGUCUGACGCUGCCUUCUCUGAGAUCUAUCGCCUGCAACAUCUUGAAAUACUGGAUGUGUCAGGUUGCGAAGGUCUCGGUGGAGCUCUGAUACCCUGCCUUGCCAGGCUUCCACGACUUCACACGUUGGUGAUGGAAUACAUGGAGUUUCCAAUGUUGCAGCCAGGUCUGAGCAGUAUCCUCCAGUUGUCUAGUAUCCGCUGCCUGACGCUCAAUGAUUCGAUUCUUACUGGAAUGCCGUUUGAUAAGUUUGCGGGCAAGCUAGUGAAUCUCAGGGAGCUGUAUGUCCACUCAUGCGUAGGGGACAGUGAAGCGCUGCAUAUACUGAAAGAGCAGAUGCCCAGCCUGAAAAUCUACGGCACCUUUGAAGAGCACGAACCAUCUGAGAUUGAGGAUGAACUGGAGGGCGAUAUAGAUCAUGUGGAAGCAGAAUAUGACGAAGAUGACUCGGAUCGAGCAUACUAUGACAGUUCAGAGAGUGAGGAAGACAGUGUUGGCUAAAUGUCAAUGUGACAUAUUUGUUGCCUUUUCAGAAGAAAAAAAUUGGUGAAAUAGUAUCUAUAGGGAACUAUAACAGUCGCUGCUUGUCAAAUCUUAGUUGGAACUGAAAAUGAAUCAAAAUUUAACAUUUUUCAAGUUCUGUUACUGACGUAUGUAAUGUCCUGACCAACAGUAUGGUAUGCAGAUAAAAGUUGUAUAGUUUUAUAACAUUAUUUUUACAUUUGCUUUUGCUGUAAUUGUUUGAUGUGACAAAAGCCAAAAACUUUUCAAUAAGGUAACUGCAAGGUACUCUGGAAAUGCAUGGAAGGAAGUGAUGUCUGCAAACCCUUGUUGUUAUGUCAAGGGUUCACAGUUCCUCUUCCCCCAACAAUAAAAGGAAAGGGAGACGGAACGGAAAAACACUCUUCAUGUAGAUCAGGCUGUUCAAUAUUAAGUGCCUGCUCACAGACACAGGUAGACAAAUGGCUGAAGUGUGGCAGUCAGGGAACUGGGCCGCAGCUUCCAUAAUCAAAUGCAUUGGUUGAACACCCACCAUAGGGGUGGGUAAAUGUCUUGUGUGUGCAGCAGAAUGAGGCAUGAAUGCAGUACAUUAGGGCAAUGUGUCAGGUAGCCCAUCAGUUGUGCUGGCCCAGCAGGCAAGAUCUGGGCACUCACAAGUGUUCACGCCUCGUGGGAUUAAGUGGGAACAGGCUGGUGUAAGUGUGUGUGUGAAAUCUUAUGGGACUUAACUGCUAAGGUCAUCAGUCCCUCAGCUUACACACUACUUAACCUAAAUUAUCCUAAGGACAAACACACACACCCAUGCCCAAGGUAGGACUCGAAGCUCCGCCGGGACCAGCCGCACAGUCCAUGACUGCAGCGCCCCAGACCGCUCGGCUAAUUCCGCGCGGCCGGCUGGUGUAAGGGUUUCUUGAGGGACAAAUUGAGGAUAACAGCCCAUGCUCAGAAACAUCAUGCAACAAAACCACAGGGCGUCAAUGUUCUGACGGGAAAUUAUUGACCUUGUAUCACCCAAUCGGCAGCAAAAAUAAGUUGUAACGUUAACGCCUCAGCACUAACUGUGUCUAAUGUAUUGUUGUAAAAAAUGCAGGUGCAUUAGAAGCAUCUGACAUCCUAGGUAUUGUCAAGUCCAUUAAGAGGAUUUUGGUCUGUAGUGUGUAUGUGCAAACUCAAGUUUACUGACAAAUGGUUGACCUAAUGGCAGGUGUAUUGCACUUUAAGUGUCGUUUCUUUGUGUUGGAUGUGGACGUGGAUUGAUUUCCUGAAUUUAUUCUCCUAGAAACGAACCACACGGACAGUUUCCUUGCACCAAAACAGGAAAAAAAGUCUUGCGAACAUGGGCUCCAAAAUGCAUAUCUUAAGAGUUAAGAAACAUAUGUGUUCUACUGUAAGAACUUUGCUCUUAAUAUUUUGGGAGGAAGUAAUAUGGAGCAAACCAAGAAAAAAAUUCCAGUAAACAUGUUGGUCUCAGAUGCAUUUUUUAAGAGCUAUGUGCACUUGUUCAUCUUUGUAAGUGUGCAACACAUCACUUCUCCUGAACAAGGAAAAGAGAUAUGUUUCACAUUUCCAAAGAAGCUCGUAAGGUAUUCGUUUUAGAGCCCAUAUUUAUCAGAUUUUUUCUUGUUUUUGUGUAAGAAAUCUGUACCUGUGGCUUGUCAGUGGUUUUCUAGGACAUUGUAUGCAUAUACUGUAUAGCUUGAAAAGAAUGUUAAGAACCUAGAAGGGAAGGAGGAAACAAAAUGAAACUUCAGUGGUUGAGAGGGUUUGUGAUGAUAUUUCAGUGAUUCCAAUAUAAAAUGAAAUUUACAAAUAACUUGGCAGUCAUUGUACCUCCUCUGGCCUGAACAUAUGCACCAAUUCAUUUUGGAAAGAUGUUUGCAAAACUGUUGUUUUGUAUCCCGAGACAAACUGGCUCACAGCUGUUAAAACUGGUCUUCAGUAUUCUGGAUACUGGCACUGGGUUGGAGCACCACAGGGUGAACAUCUGUGUGAGGGAACUGCUGCAUUUCAUCAUUCCACAGAGGCAGAAGUCACAUGCAGAAGUAACUAACAUAGCUUAUACAUUGUUCAUAAACUAAACUGAAAUUCUCUUACAUAUUGACACCUUUAACUCAUGCAAUACGAAGGGGGUGGGGGUGGGGGUGGGGGUGAGGGAAGGUACUUGAUGCUCAGCUUUUGAAUAUAUUGUAAUCUGGUUACUUAUUUUAUAUUUUAAAAUUUUGAAAAGAAAUAUUAUUGAUUUUAAUAAAUUCUUCUGCCAGAGUCCACAUAUAUAUUUUAAAUUUUUCAGAUAAACUUACCCCUAAGACUCAAUAGUCGAUGUCACUUUCCCCAACGAACAUCGCAUUCAAUAUUUACAGGUUCAGGGCCUUACUUACACAUCAUUAGAAAGUACGUUGUUAGUAAAUGUCACAACAAUUAACAAAAUCAGCAUUUUUUAAAUUUAUUUUGUGGUGCACUAUAGCAUCGACCCCCUUUGGUAGUACACAUUGUUUACACGGGAGCCUAUGGCUGGGGAAAGGGGGUGCCCUAGCCCUCAGGUAAAGGAAAAAGUAUAGUGUAGUCAGUUGUUUUUCUAUCAAAAAAUAUUUAAAAAUCGAUAUCAGGGAAAUUUUUAAUAGGGUCAGAACUGGAACAUUUUUAUGAAUACUUACAAGCCACCAUUCAUCUUCCAGACUACUAAAAAUACUAAGUACCACCAGGUCUACACCCAACCCCCUCCCCCUCUAGAAACUAUUGUAUGGUCACUGUAGCUUGCUGAAUGUGCGUUGGUACUGCUAAGAGCUUUGCUGAACGACAUUUUCUGGUUGUGGACCUUAUUUACACAUCAGUACCUCUUUGAAAAUUAUGUUGUUAAUUCAAGUGAACAAAAAUUAAGUAAUUUUUUUCCCAAAUUGUUUAGGCAGAAUAUACGUACCCUUCUCCUCCUCAGUAAUGCGCUGUGUUCAAAAUGUAUUGGUAUUACUAGGACUGAUGAAGAUCAUAACUGCAGCAGUUACACACACUUACUCCAUGGAAAGGAAACAAUGUGAAAUACAGUGAAGUACAAUGCAGAAGACGACAAUGGCUGCCUCAAACAGUACUGUCAGCCAGCUAAUUUUCAUUGCAGGCAGAAACAAAUGGCUGCCAGCCAAAGCCUGUCUUUUACCAACUUCUAGCAACUUUGAACUAGGGAACACAUCUGCCAUCUUAAAGUUAAGACACUUUGUCAAAAUAGGAGACAGUCACACUAUUAUUUAUCAGCAUCUGGGUUAAACAAGUGAUUUCAAAAGAAAUCGAAACACCAGAGGUCAUGUUUGAAGCCCAUAUAAAUUAAGAUCAGAAGAGGAUGUGUUGGAGACAUUUGACACACAUACACACACAUAUGCACACGCGCGCACACACACACACACACACACACAUCCAUAAGCACGUGAAGUGUGGGACAUGGCUUUCAAAUCAGCUUCACGGAUGUCUCACAGAUGUCUGUUGAUGUGACUCUGUAACUUAUCCACAUGAUUCGCCUGACCACAGCAUGCUUCACUUUUAUCUGUGUGGUCGUCUCAAGAAUGUGACGUAUGCCCUCGGCACAGUCAUCUGAGGAUUUAGUUGCAGCAAUGAGUGAGAAUAUCAGUCAGUGGUAUGCAGAUAUCAGGUGUCAUGUAGUGCUGGAGGCAGGAAUUUUGAACACCUCCUCUGUCUUGUUUACUUUCUUGUAAAAAUGGAGUAAAUAGUAAUAUUUACUCCUUGAAACUCGUCCUGGGUAAUGAACCACAAUGGAUACUCCAGUGUUUCCUUUUCUUUUAUUUGUUUUUAAACCUCGUAUUUUAAAUCUAAAUAAAAAGUUAUGAAUUCUGGGUUGCUUACGCUGUUAGUCAUUGAACAAUGAGGAAAUGGCAGUUGCUGGCUGUUGUAACAUUCGUUCCCAGAAUAGCUAGACAUGUCAUAGCAUUCCUCUAUAUUUUAAUAUAUUUUUCCUUAAUUGUUAUAACCAUAAAAUUGAACAUUAUUAUAACUGCACUUUUGGCAAAAUAAGAAACUAUUAUCGCACUAUAUAGUUAUAAAUGGGAUGAAAUAUUUAUGUAUGCUAAACGUAUCUCUUAUAUAUCAUUUGCAGCUCAUUUCCAUUUCAUUGACUGUGUGGAUGGGUUUGUGAUUGGAAUCAUUGAGACACUUUUCACCACCUAAUUUCUUGACUUUUAUUCUCUUCCAUCCCGUUUCUAAAGCAUGUCAUAUUUCAAAAUUGACAAUGAGAUGUUCACAUAACAAAAGACUUCCUAAUGGAGGAAUGAAUGACUAACUGAAUUCAUCACUGACAAUAUACAGACUCAGCCAAAAAUCUGAAACUGAAUACAUCAAAAACAAGAGAGUGACAGAACAUGGAACUGGUGCGCUUUGCACCUAUUUAUAAGUUAGUGUUUGGCAAAAGAAUGUUUGCAAUAAAUACACUUUUCAAUUAGGUACUGGUUUCUAAUUAGAACCUGGAUUUUAAGGAAAGUAUGUAUUUUUGAGAACUAAUAUUUUUGUAUUAGGAAAUUGUGCUCUUUGCUAUUUAAGUUAUUUUCAUAUUUAUAAUCAAAGGUUCUGCAAUUGAAACUUUCGUCUUUCUUUAACAAUUAAAAGAACUUAAACAAAACUUCAUACUGCCCAAUAACUUGAGAACUGAAUGAUGCAACUGAUUAAAAUCAAUAUUAAUGGCUUUUGUCUAUAUAGAAAUUCAAUGCAGUCUCUAUUUUGUUACAUUAUAAUAUUGUUUUUUGUAAAUAAGCUACGUUGUUACGUACAGGAUGUUUAUGACUAAAUACUGAAUAAUAAAGUCCAGUCCAAAACAUUUUAAACAUUUCUUUCCGAUUUUGAAAAUUUUUCUAUUUCUCAUUCCAGCUGUAACAGAUUAACUAGGCGAUUAACCAUGUGUUUAUUGUUUUGUUAAACAACUUGUAAGAAAUAAUUUUCUGUAAAAAUCUUGCAUUUCAUGACAUAGAAAAUAAUGUACUAGUUUGUAGAUGCAUUUGUAAUCAACUAAUGAAUGUAAAGGAAAAAAAUGUCAGUACUGAUAGUCCUAAAUUAGCUUAGUAAAUGGAAUCAAUAUAUUUUAGCUUUGUCAGUUGUUGAUAUUUUUGAAAGGCAGAGCUGCAGAGGCAGUCAUGGUUGUUGUACAUGCAUCAAAAUUUGGUCAACGUACAUGUCACUAAAACUCGUAUUUUUAUCAAGUCUUUUAAAAUUUCUGUGAAUCUAAAAUCUAUUCUGUGCAAAGCAGUGAUUGUAACAAACGCCAGAAAAUUUUAAUUGAAACCUGUUGUCAUAUACAUUAAUAACAGAACAUAUUCACACUAUUAAUUAUCCAGGCCAGCGAUUUGCAGACAGAUGCCCCAGAUCUUGCUGGAGGAGAACGCUAAAAAUCAAAUGAGCAUCUAUGAUUUCAAUUUAAAUGUGUAUUACCUUUUGUUAAAAUUAACUAAAACGUGACAUACAACCAUAAAAAAGGUUCAUCACUUGAG